AUGGGAAAAUACGACUACCAAGGAAAUCCUCCCAAAUUAAAUCUUAAAUCUAUAUGGAAAUAUGUUUCGAGAAGACCUAUUACAUUAGUACCAGACUCUAUUCCUGCUGGAGUUUUGCUUUCAGAUGGAACCUUUGCCAGCCGAUGGACACUUAUUUUCAAUCCAUUUUUCACUCUUGGUUUAAUGACAAUGAAAAAUUGGUUGUUUUUUAUUAUUGCAUUUCUAACUUGGACAUGGGAUGCUUUCGAUUUUUUUUCUGUUUCUCUCACAACAACUGAAAUUGCUGCUGCUCUAGAUAGACCUGUUAAAGACAUUACUUGGGGCAUCACUUUGGUCCUAAUGUUUCGUGCAGCUGGUGGUGUUCUGUUUGGAAUCCCCGCCGAUAAGUAUGGACGAAAAUGGCCUUUUGUUGUUAACUGUAUUUGCUUUAUUGCUCUUCAACUUGGUACUGGCUUUGUUCAAACAUAUAAGCAGUUUUUAGCUGUUCGUGCCCUCCUAGGAGUCGCUAUGGGUGGUAUUUAUGGCAACGUUGCUGCGACUGCUUUAGAUGAUUGUCCUCCUGAAUGCAGAGGUAUCAUCUCUGGUAUGUUUCAGCUAGGUUAUUCAUUUGGCUAUCUUUUGUGUGUAGUUUUCAACCAAAUAAUUACUUAUAAUAGUCCUCACGGUUGGAGAGCUUUGUUUUGGUUUGGAUCUGGUCCCACUCUCCUACUUAUUAUUUUCAGAUUGUGUCUUCCUGAAACAGAUACAUUUAUUGCCCAACAGAAGCUCAAGCGUGAAAAUGCUGGUCUUAGAUUUAUUCAUCAAGCUAAAGCUGCAUCGAAGAUUUACUGGCCUAACUUUAUCUAUUUGGUUUUGUUCUUGGCAGGUAUGAAUUUUAUGUCUCACGGCUCUCAAGAUUUGUAUCCUACUUUUCUCAAGGUUCAGCUUGGGUUUAGUAACAAUGCCACUACUGUUACAAAUUGUGUUGCCAAUCUUGGUGCUAUAGCCGGAUCGUUCUUUAUGGGUCACGUUUCUCAGUUUUUGGGAAGAAGAUUGACUAUUAUUUUUUGCUGCAUUUUAGGAGGAGCCUUGUGCUAUCCUUGGGUCUAUAUUAGAGGCACGGGAAUUAAUGCGGCUGUUUUCUUUUUUCAAUUUGCUGUUCAGGGUGGUUGGGCUACUGUUCCAAUUUAUGCUUCCGAGCUUUCUGCUCCUGAAUUUAGGGCUGCGAUUGUGGGAACAGCAUACCAGCUUGGUAACUUGGCAUCAUCAGCCAGUAGCACCAUUGAAGCUAAAAUUGGUGCUCAAUUUCCUUUGAAAGACGAUAACGGCAACUAUAUCAAAGGAAAGUACGACUAUGGGAAAGUUAUGGCUAUUUUAUUGGGAGCAGUUUUUGCCUAUGUUCUUUUAGUGGUUUUCAUGGGUCCAGAAAGAAAAAAUGUUGACUUUGUCAGCGAUGACAGUAAUGCAGUGGGCAUUACUCCAGCUCCCAAUAAAGAAGAUUUCGAAAAGGGUGACUUCGAUUCGCAUAUUGAGAAAGAAGAAAACACUCAUAUUGAAAAGGAAGAAAACACUCAUAUUGAAUCUUCUACAGAAGACAAAAAUUCUUAA